AUGACGGAUGCAACUACUGUUCUAGAUGAGCUUGUCAAAGCUAAGGAAAGUAUUAAACGUAAAUAUAUCGCAUUAAAAACAGGCUCGGAUAAUGUUCAACAACUAAUGACACAGACAUUAAAACCAAUAAUCGAUCCAUUAACUAAAAUAUCGAAUAAACCUCAGAAUGUGUCGAUAAGAUCAUUCAACCACCAACUGAUGACGAUAAAAACAAAGAAAUUAACGUAUAACAGCUAUGAUGACAAGAGGGUGGUGCUAGAGGAUAAAAUACAUACAUUAGCACAUGGACAUUAUAGUAUAGAGGAAGAUGAACCCGAGGAUGAAUGGCCUGAACUCGACUAUGAGGUAGAUGACAGAGGGCGACGAUUGAGUAAACUGGAUAAAGAGUUUAUGAGGGAGCUUCUUUGUUACACAACUAAAUAGUUUUAUUUCAGAAACUUUACUUAUUUUUUUUGUUAUAUAGUUUUAUUGUUUUGUUAUAUAUUGAUUAUUGUAAAUAACUUGUAAAUAUUAUCCUAUUAAUUGUUAUAUAAUGUAAAUACUUGAUAAUAGAUUAUUGUGUAAUUUGUAAAAUAUUAGAUUAGUGUAUAAAUUUGUAGUAUUAACACCUUUAUAAUGUAUACUUUGUAUGUAAAUGUAUAAUUUUUAUAUUGUAUAAUUUGUAAAUACUCUAUACCGUAUCAGUAUGCUUUUGCUAGAUAUGUAAGAUAGUUUACAAUGUUUUCUUGUAAUAUUUUUUUUUUCCUGUAUAAUUGUUUAAGCUAUAACCAUGUUUUUGCCAAUAUAUUUAAUUAAAAAAUCUUAUAAAUGUAUAAAUAAAA